UUUUUUUUAACCUGGAGCUUUCGUAGUCAUGGCGUUUAAACAGUAGCAUUUAAAUAGACGCCAACGUUACUGGUAUUAUACUAAAUUUAAGUGUCUAACGUUAAACAUGCCGAAGGUCGUGUCUAGGAGUGUUGUGUGCUCGGACACCAGAGACAGAGAGGAGUACGACGACGGAGAAAAGCCUCUUCAUGUCUACUACUGCCUGUGCGGUCAGAUGGUUUUGGUGUUGGACUGCCAGCUGGAGAAGCUGCCCAUGAGGCCCCGGGACCGAGCCAGGGUCAUUGAUGCGGCCAAACAUGCCCACAAGUUCUGCAACGUGGAGCAGGACGAAAACGUGUACCUGAAGAGGGCCGAGGGCAUCGAGAGGCAGUACCGCAAAAAAUGCGGCAAGUGCGGCCUGCUGCUCUUCUACCAGCACCAGUCGAAGAACAGCCCGGCCACCUUCAUCGUGGACGGAGCCGUGGUCAAGUUCGGCCAGGGCUUCGGCAACACCAGCGUCUACAGCCAGAAGCAGCCGGAGGCUCCGAAGAAAGUCCGUGUGAUGAUGACCAAGCGGACCAAAGACAUGGGCAAGUUCAGCUCUGUCACAGUUUCCACCAUCGACGAGGAGGAGGAGGAGAUCGAGGCCAGGGAGGUGGCGGACUCGUACGCCCAGAACGCCAAAGUUAUUGAGAAGCAGCUGGAGAGGAAGGGAAUGAGCAAGAGGAGGCUGCAGGAGCUGGCCGAGCUGGAGGCCAAGAAGGCGAAGAUGAAGGGCACACUUAUUGAUAAUCAGUUCAAGUAGAGGAGACUCAAUUAGGGACACACUGGGAUUCAAAAGGCCCCUCUGGAGAUCCUCUUCCGCAGCGGACCCAAUGACUCUAGUCCCUGUACUGGCCACUCGUUUGUCAGCCUGUACCGGACAAUAUUUGGACACAUCGGUAAUACAGGACUGAUUUGUCUAUGUUGCAUAUUAAGAGGUUGAGGUUGUGUACCUUUCUACGCCUGUUUUAAAAUGUUAUGUACAAAACAAUUAAAAGACCAAUGAUACCAA